AUGGCGACGAUCACCGAUAGCGCUCCUGCGCCAGCAGUGCAGGCGCCAGCGAAGUACUCGAGGUACAGGUCGGUGAGGAAGGCGAAUACGGCCGCGAUGGCGACUCCAGCGCCUCCACCAGCCACACAGCCAGAGGGUGGGAUUGCACAGAGGAGCAUGUCUCGAUAUAGACGGAGGGCAGCGACACAAGAUGCGCACGCGACGCCCCUGCCCACGCGAAACGUUCCAGCGGGCGCGAUUCCACAGGAUCAUCUAGGACGACGAGACGACAAGACCACACACGUGCCCUCUCCUCGCUCGCCGUCACCACCACCAACUCCCCUCUCGCCGCAAGAGGAAGAAGCCAGGCUCAGGCGCGCACACGAGCGCACACAGGCGCAGAGACUGGAGCGCCAGAAAGCAGACGAAGAGGAGGCGCAUCGCUUACUUGCUGAGCAGAAGCGGAAGGAUCUUGAGAGGUUGGAGAUUACACUUGCGGCUGCUGUGGCUGCGCCGAGACCGCUGUCUCCUACGCCCGUGAGUGCGAGUAGUGCCGGGAAAUUCAAGAUAUUUGGGCGGAAGAAGAGCUCUGCGAAGGUUACAGCGACGCCGCCGGGAUCGGGGGGGAAGGCAGAGACGAAAGUGGAGACGAGGAGCACAAGCGAUGAGAUGAGCGGGAGGAGGGUAGAGGCAGCGAUGGUGGGGAUGGAUGCGCCUGUUUCGGCUGUGAAUGCUGGAGAGAGGCGCGUCCUCAUCCGCUUCAAGCAAGCAUCCAUCAAUCUACCCGUGACCCCGACAACCACAGCCCAAGAGCUGAUCUACUCCGCAACCAACAUCCUCUCCGGGUCCGUCACCCCCGACUCCGCCAUCCUGCGCGAGUCAUACGCCUCUGCCGGCGUAGAGCGUCGCAUCCGCCGCUAUGAGCGCGUCCGCGACAUCAUGAACUCCUGGGACCGCGACACUCAGAACGCGCUCGUACUCUCCGGCUCCGACUCCCCUCGCCACGACACAGACCUAUGGCCACACUCCGCGCCACGGCGACGCCCAGACCAAUUCUCUGCCCAGCUUCACCACUCCCACAAGCCCGGCCGGUGGAUAAAAUCGUACAUCACGCUCCUCCCCAGCGGGCAGCUCUACGCGCACCGCAAAUCCGGCGGGAAGCUCAGCGACAAAGACGCCCUCGCCCUCUGCCACAUCUCCGACUUCGACGUCUACGUCCCCGUCCCUUCGCAACUACGCAAGCUAGCCCCUCCCAAAAAGCACUGCUGCGCCAUCAAAUCCCAGCAAAAAGCAACCAUGUUCCUCUCCGCCGAGAACUUCGUCCACUUCUUCUGCACCGACGACGCCUUCACCGCAGACGCCUUCCAAUCCGCCGUCCAGAGAUGGCGCUCCUGGUACCUCGUCUCAACCAUGGCUCGCGCCGCCACCUCCAAAACAUCCCCCACCUCAACACCCUACACACUCGGCUCCUUCGAACCCCUCGCCGUCUCCAUCCCCUCCACCACAUCCCCAGAUCCCACAUCCGCCCCGCCAGACCGCCAAAUCCCAUUCCACCUCCGCAAUUCCCUCCUCCCCCCCCUCGCAACCCGCGACCGCGACUCCCCCCCGGCACCGGACGAGACCUUUUCCCCCACCUCCCUCCUCGGCCCAACCUACUCCCAACGUGCCCGCCAAGCCGCAGCCCGCGAUCUCGCCGGCGGCGGGUCCGCAAACCCCGAUUUCGGUGCUGGUCCCUUCAUCGCCGGCCCCUCCCUCCUCAACACCGCCAUAUCCCCCAUCGACAACAGCGCCGCCGGGUCCGCAGGCGCAGGUGCGUCGUCAGGGUUGAAGCGCGGAUUAUCGACACGGUCGACGCGGUCGCGCGCGGGGACGAUGGUGGGGUCGGCGGGGGAUGCGCCGCCUGUGCCGGGGAUUCCGGCGCCGUUGUUGGAUUUUAAGACGGGGUUUGUGGAGGCGCCGCAGUGGAGGGGGGAGGGGAAGGGGAGGGGUGUUGAGGCGCCGAGGGGGGUGCCGCUGGUGGAGGUUGCGGGGGGUGGUGCGGGGGGUGUGGGGGAGGGUUGGAGAGGUCGGGGACGGUGUUUAGACGGUAGGAAGGGGGGUGGGUGAUGUAUGAUUAUGAUGAUUAUGAUGAUGACGGAUGCAUUUGGGUUGGGUGGUAGAAAGGACUUGGUUUGGGAAGGAAUAGCAUAUUGAGGGUUUAGGUUGUUCAUAUGGAGGGUUGAGGUGGGACGGGAAUACCAUGUUGAGGUUGGGCUGGGAGGGCUGGAUCCGAGGAUGAAUACCAUGUUAAGGUUUGGGUUUGGUAACAAAUAUCAUGUGUGCAAGUGUAGCAUAGUGGAUACAAGCAACAAACAACAAGGCAACAAGCAAUAUACUCCACA